AUGGGUCACGGCUGGAGCUGCGUGUCCGGGAGCCCCCCCGGCCCCACCAUCCGUGACCCCCGUCCCCAAGGGCGCCGGGACCGAGGCGGUGCCGCGGUUCGGAACCGCUCCCGCCCGUCCCCGGGGGCUGUCGGGGGGCUCGGGGGCGCGGCCUCCGCACCGGGGCGGGCCCAGCGCCACCGGGAGAGGCGGGACCGGCGCCCCGGGCGCGGGGCCGCCCGCGCCGCCGGGAGAGCGGCAGCCCCCGGCCCCGCGCCGCCGCCCGCGGGCACCGGCACCGGCAGCGGUACCGGCAGGAAGGGCUCGCUCCGCAUCCGCCUCAGCCGCCUCUUCCGCACCAAGAGCUGCAGCGGCGGCUCGGCCGCCGGGGACGCCGCCAGGGCCGCCGCCUCGGCCGGGAGCCUCACGGAUGUGUGCGGGGCCCGCGGCCGGGAGCAGGAGCCGGGCAGGAAACACAGACUGACAAGAACCCAAAGUGCCUUUUCCCCGGUUGUGUUCAGCCCCCUCUUCACAGGUGAGACGGUGUCGCUGGUGGACGUGGACAUUUCCCAGCGAGGGCUCAGCUCCCCUCACCCUCCGACCCCGCCGCCGCCGCCGCGCCGGAGCCUCAGCCUGCUGGAUGAUUUCAGCGGGACGCUGCCUCCGGCUGUGCUGGUGGGGCCCGUGGGCUCUUCCCUGCAAUCCUUCCCUCUGCCUCCGCCUCCUCCGCCCCACGCCCCAGACGCCUUUGCCCGGAUCGUGCCCCUGCGGCCCCCGGAGGCCCCGGGCCAGCUGCCCCACCUGCAGUGUCCCCAGCCCCACCUGCAGUGUCCCCUGGCCCGGCCCGACCCCAGCAGCUUCGCCGCCAGCCUGAGGGAGCUGGAGAAGUGUGGCUGGUACUGGGGCCCCAUGAACUGGGAGGACGCCGAGAUGAAGCUGAAGGGGAAACCCGACGGCUCCUUCCUGGUGCGGGACAGCUCCGACCCCCGCUACAUCCUGAGCCUGAGCUUCCGCUCGCAGGGCAUCACGCACCACACGCGCAUGGAGCACUACCGGGGGACCUUCAGCCUCUGGUGCCACCCCAAGUUCGAGGACCGCUGCCAGUCCGUGGUGGAGUUCAUCAAGAGGGCCAUCAUGCACUCCAAAAAUGGGAAAUUCCUCUACUUCCUGCGCUCCCGGGUCCCAGGUCUCCCUCCGACGCCCGUGCAGCUCCUGUAUCCCGUCUCCAGGUUCAGCAACGUCAAAUCCCUGCAGCACCUCUGCCGCUUCCGCAUCCGGCAGCUGGUCCGGAUCGACCACAUUCCCGAGCUCCCGCUGCCCAAGCCCCUGAUCUCCUACAUCCGCAAGUUCUACUACUACGACCCGCAGGAGGAGCAGUACCUGUCCCUCAAGGAGGCGCAGCUCAUCUCCCGGCAGAAGCAGGAGCCCGAAUCCUCCACGGAAUCCUCCACGUAGCGGAGCCGCCCGGCACCGACGGAAUUUUGGUUGUUGCCCUCCUGCCGUGGUGGGGAGGAGGCCGAGCUCCUGCUGCUGCUGCUGCUCUUUUCCCUGGAGGAGAGGGCCCAGCAUUCCCAGGAAACCCAGCAUUCCCAGGAAACCCAGCAGAGCAGGACCCGAGCCCAGCUCCUGGGAAGAGGAAUCCUGGGGGAGCCCAGCCCGGCCCCGCGGGAUCCCCGCGGAACAAGGAAUGUCAUGGCACUAUUCCCAAGUUCUCCUGGAAGUUUUCGGUUUGGAUGUCUCUGGACUUUUGAUUUUUUUUUUCCCGGAUUUUCAGCAUGAGGAAAAACUGGAUUUUCUGAUCCCGCCGGGUUUUCUGAUCCCACCUUGGGAAUUUCAAGGUGAGGGAGAGGAAAAGAAGGAAAAAAGGGGGAAUUUUCUGGGAAGAUCCAUCGUGGCAAGGCUUUGAUCCUCACUGGAGAGCUGCAGGCGGAGCCAGGGGUGGAAGAGCCCCUGGGAAUAACCCCUGGAACAAAGGAAGUGUGGAGCCCCACAGCUCCCCCGCUUCCCAGGAUUUGGGCAGAGAGAUCCAAACCCUCCAGGACUGGCAGGAGCAUCCCGGGAAAAGCUUGGAGCCAUGGAAGGAGAGAGGAAGGAGCGUGGGAUGUGGUGGAUCCAGAGGGAGCACUGCUGGAAGAUUCCCCUGGAGCCCUGGCAGGGUGGAGAAGCUGCUGCUGGAGCUGCCCCUGGAUCCUGCAGGGAUCCCAGACUCUCCCAGCCUGUCCCUGGUGGAUUCCAGAGGCUGGGAAUGGGGUGAUUCCCUCUGGAGGAUCCUCCUGGAGCAGCUCCCUCCUCUCCCUGGGACAUCAGGAGCAGCAAACCCAGGGGAGCUUUGGCUCUUUCCCUGAUUUUGGGUGCGAAUUCCCUCCCUCCCCCCUCGGGAUCCCGGGCUGCUGCUCCAUCCCCCGAGCAGCAAUUCCGUGGGGGCACUUCCAGCUGGGAAUUCUGGAGAACUCCUCCCUGCUGUGUUUCAAGGAGCAGCAUUCCAGUGCUCUGAAUCCAAGGAAUCGCCCCACCCUGCUGGAUUUGAGGAUUCCCAGGAGCCCUGGGAGCUGCCAGGGUGAUCCCAGCCCUGGAAUUCCUGGAUUUCAAUGGAAAAAAUUCCAAGCUGCUUUGCCACGAAAGGUGCUACAAAUCCUGCCCUGCCUGCCUCCUCCAGCUGGGAUUUGGAGGAAAAAAACCCACAAUCCUUAAAAAAAUUCCAGGUUUCUGGGUGCAACUGAGCCUGAAAAUCCAUGGAAAUACCUCGUGGGAUGAGUGAGGGAAAACCUCCCCGGGAGCCGGGCCUGCUCCAGCUGUGCUUCCCAAAAAUAACAAAGGGAAAAGGAGAAGUGGAUUGGGGUGGGUCACGGGAUGCAGGGAGCUGGGAAGUGUGGGAACACCCAGGGAAAACCCAGGGAAAGUCCUGUUCUCUCCUGGGGUGGUGGCAGCAUUCCCACUCUUCUUUGGGAAGGGCGAGCAGCAGCUCAGGGAAAAGCGGAGCUGGGGGCACUGGGAAUGGGAGCUGGGGGUUUUGGGGGGUUUUGGGGUUUUUUUGUCACCCUGGGGCGCUCCCAGUGCCCCAAAACCUCAUCCUGGGGUGUCCCAGUGCCCCAAAAUCCACCCUGGGCCAUUCCCAGUGCUCCCAGUGCCUCAAAACCCCACCUGGGGUUCUUCCAGUCCCUAAAAAUCCACCCUGGGGUGCUCCCAGUGCUCCCAAUCCAGGGCUUCGCCCCAAAUCCCAGGAAUUUCACGGGAUCCAGCCUCGCCUUUGGAGGAGGAAUGAGCAGAUUCCAGCAGCUCCCAGGGCGUGAGAUAUCCAGGAUUUUGGGAAUCACCCUUUGGAAUUAAAAAAAAAAUGCAGCUUUUGCUUAAUUUUAUUUUUAUCCCCCCCCUUUUUUUAUUUUUAAUUUUAAUUUUUAUCUUAAUUUUUUUUGUGUGUGUGCUUAAUUUAUUCAGAUAGUGGCUGUAUAAUUUAUUUUCAUAAAUAUAUGAGAAAAGUUACUAAAUGGUUAAAAAAUUAAUAAUAAAAAAACCAAACGGACUUUGCAGGCCAAUCUUUCAGAUUUAAUGAAAAAAAUUAAUAAAUAAUAAUAA